AUGGGCGCAUCGACUGGAUUCGCAGGCAGAUUGAUGCGGGUCGGCUGGCUCAUGUGUGCAUCAGCCAGGCGCGCGACCCGGCCAAGCUCAAAUACAAGUUCAUGUUGCAUGCUUCUGGCGCAGACGCUAUAUCUAAUCCAUUUCGUGCUCAUAUCAAUCAGCAGUUGGAUUCCCUUCGUCGCCUACUUCAAUCGCACACUGUCGUUGAUAGAGGGCAUAAACAUUCUUCGGGAGUUACUGAAAUCUGCUUUUGGUUGCGUCCGUUUUCUGGUCCGGUUCUUGCAGGAGCCCAUCAUGAAAGUAAUGAUGUUGGUUGCCAGCUCCAUGGUACUCCAAAUAUCGUUGACGUCCUGGCGCGCUUGGAGGCCAAGCUUGAUGCAACCUCGGCCCUGCUGGGCAUGA